CUGAGUUUGGGUGGCGUUCGCCCCGGCCACGCCGAGUUCGGGGGUGGGGCUUAGGAGCCCCCGCCCCUGCCUGCGGCCCCGCCCGCCCCCGGCCCCUUCCUCCGGCCCGGACGGCCGCGCGGUGAUGGUCCGGGCCGGGGCAGCCGCGCCAUGUCCGCCUGCUGGUUCCGGCGCCGCUUCCUGCCGGGGGGUCCGGUGCCCGCGCCGCGCCCGCCGAGGCCGCGCGCCAGCCCGGUGCCCUAUCGGCGGCCCCGCUUCCUGCGCGGCGCCGACGCCGCCCUCGGCCCGGGCGCCCGGCCGGUGCACAGCCCGGCGCGGGGCCGCGCGCUGCCCUGGAACGCAGGCUACGCCGAAGAAAUCCGAGUUCAAUGAAGAUCAGGCUUCCUGUGGGAAGCUGUGCAUACGAAGAUGUGAAUUUGGGACUGAUGAGGACCAGGAGUGGCAGACCUUGUGCCCAGAGGAGUUCCUGAACGGCUGUUACUGGGCCCUGUUUGAUGGGCAUGGUGGUCCGGCUGCAGCCAUCCUGGCUGCCAACACGCUGCAUUCCUGCCUGCGCCGGCAGCUGGAGGCCAUAGUAGACGGUCUGGUGGCCACUCAACCCCCCAUGCACCUCAGUGGCCGCUGUGUCUGCCCGAGUGAUCCCCAGUUUGUGGAGGAAAAGGGCAUUAGGGCAGAAGACUUGGUGAUCGGGGCUCUGGAGAGCGCCUUCCAGGAAUGCGAUGAGGUGAUCGGGCGGGAGCUGGAAGCAUCAGGCCAGGUGGGCGGCUGCACAGCCCUGGUGGCUGUGUUCCUGCAGGGAAAGCUCUACGUGGCCAAUGCCGGGGAUAGCAGGGCCAUCCUGGUGCGGAGAGAGGAGGUACGGCCUCUGAGCUCAGAGUUCACCCCUGAAACUGAGCGACAGCGUAUCCAGCACCUGGCCUUUGUCUACCCCGAGCUUUUGGCUGGCGAGUUCACUCGACUGGAGUUCCCUCGGAGGCUGAAGGCAGAUGAUUUGGGGCAGAAGGUUUUGUUCCGGGACUACUACAUGAGUGGCUGGAGCUACAAGUGUGUGGAGAAGUCGGAUCUCAAGUACCCACUAAUUCAAGGACAGGGGAGGCAGUCUCGGUUACUGGGAACACUGGCAGUCUCCCGGGGCCUGGGAGACCAUCAACUCAGAGUCCUGGACACAAACAUCCGGCUGAAGCCCUUCUUGCUGUCUGUCCCACAGGUGACUGUGCUGGAUGUGGACCAGCUGGAGCUGCAGGAGGACGACGUGGUCAUCAUGGCAACUGAUGGACUCUGGGAUGUCCUGUCCAAUGAGCAGGUGGCACAGUUGGUACGGAACUUUCUCCCUGGCAACCAAGAGGACCCGCACAGGUUCUCAGAGUUGGCCCAAAUGCUGAUAUACAAGACACAGGGGAAGGAUGACGGUCUCACAGGGGAAGGCCAGGUGUCCUACGACGAUGUCUCUGUGUUCGUGAUUCCCUUGCACAGCCAGGGCCAUGGGAGCCUUGGCCACUGAAGAUCUGGACAACGCUUCCCAGCAGCACUCCAGGGCCAGCUGCACAGUGGACAUCCCUCUACCCUGACCAACAGGAAACCCCCCCACACGCACACACACACACAGACACAUAAGCAGAGCCUGCUGGUCCUGCUCCCAGACAGCAUAGGGUUCUCAUGUUACCACCCCCAUACCCCCGUUCCAAGAGAAUUGAUGAGCAGGAACUAUGGAGAGACCAGCCCAGCUCCCAGCUUGGACAGAGUGAUGUCCAUAGCAUUCAUUUUUAUUUAUUUUUUUUUUUGCUUUUCGGGUCACACCCAGCAAUGCACAAGGGUUACUCCUGGCUCUACAUUCAGGAAUUACUCCAGGCGGUGCUCAGGGGACCAUAUUGGAUGCUGGGAAUGGAACCUGGGUUGGCCUCGUGCAAGGCAAACGCCCUACCUUUGGUGCUAUCACUCCAGCCCCCUCAUUUUGAUUUUAAGGCCCUCAGAAUCCUUAACAACCCACUCAAAUGGGAACCCUCCCAGUCUAAGAGUACUGACCAAGGAGGGGCAGAGGUGUUUGGAGGUCUCCAGUCAAUGGAUUAUCAGGGUUUUUCCUCCCCGGCCCUCAGAACCGGGCGAGGUGCCUUGGGAAGCUGUUGGAGCCUCCCACGGGCCGAGAGGCCACCUUCAUCAGCGAGGACCACCUCAUCUCCUGCUCUUCCCCACUCUGCAGGAGAGGCACUGUGGGGGCUCAAGUUGGGGGAGAACAAAGAGGGGCAAGAGGAGGUGGCAGAAUGGGGAUUCCCUUAUAACUGCUUCCUGGUCCCGCCCUGCUCUAGGGUGAUACACAAACUGUGCCUUUGUUUUGCUUCCUCAUCACUUCCCUAUUAUUAAAUCUGUGUGUAGAAGA